AUGAACCUGAUUGAUCGUCUAUUGGGCUGUGCCUACGGACAGGCGCUAGGUGACGCUUAUGGUCUAUCGACUGAGUUUCAGAAGCAUUGCGAAGUGGCAAGUACUUAUCCAGAUGCAACACAACUGAUUCCAUUUCCGAACUAUGUUCAAACUCAACAUUCUGCUCGAUGGAUACGUGGUGAUUGGACGGAUGAUACAGAUCAGUGGUUGUUACUCAUGGAAACCUUGAGUGAACACGAUGGUGAUGUGAAAAUCUUUGUGAGAAAAUUGAAUAUGUGGAUUCGACAUGGGUUUCCUGAAUUCGACGAUUUCGGAGGUUUAGGAUUGGGUGUCAAUGUAGCUAAGGUGAAAUCAACGGCUAUUCAAAUGUGUCAAACUACUCAUUUCGACCCACGAUGUGUCGCAUCGUGUGUAGCAGUAUGUCUCGCCAUUGCUUACAUCAUUCGAUCGCCUGACGGUGAUGUGGAAUCACUCAUCGGUCGUGUUCAACAAGAAACAUUGACCACAGUAGGCGAUGAUCUUUUACCAAUCUAUCGAGAAGAAUUCCUGUGGUAUACCAGUUAA